ACAAAUCCUGAUUCUGGCGACCAAGGCACGUCUGAAAUGCGGAUAGCCUGUCUGUCGUCUCGUCCUCUCGGCAAUGCGCAAUUUAGGAGUCGCUUUUCGCGCGAGCACCUUCCGCGCAAGCACCAUGCGCUCUCCUCAGUUGCCUUCCGCAGCCGGCGGUAGUCAGCGCAAUUCGGCUUCGGUAGCGGGAAUGGCGACGAUUAACGCGACGGCUAGUGUCGCAGGGCGGUCGCAUGGCAGAAGUGUGCUUCAGCCUGGACGGUUUCCGACUCAACAAGAGCUUCUUCGCUUCCCAGAUAAGCUCAUCAGAGACAUCGCUUUUGUUGCCUUCUGCCCGCCGCUGCUGCUCUCGUCCAACCAGCUACCAACAGUGGACCCACACGCAUUCGCCCAGACCUCUUCCCUCCUGAUGCCUAACAGCCCGGAUCACUCCAGUCCAAGCAAUUAUCCGCACCAUGAGGCAUGUGACAAUAGCGAGAGGGAGGGCCAACAGGCGCUCUUGGCCUGGCUGGAGUCCCUGGAUGGAGGACACGUGGCAGCAUGGUUCAGGCAGAAGAAACAGAGCGCCCGAUUGGGCGACCACUAUGCUCUUUGCAUUCUCUUCGCCCUCACGUUCGGCCCGAGCCUCAAGCCUCGGGGCCUCCGAACCUCUGUCCAAGUUCACGUUUCAGAGGUUCGGGGGAAGCCCACCCGGCUUAUCUUCCCCGAACCAGAUCAAACCCUCCCCGAAGCAGACACAUCAGCUGACGGCGGCCUAUCCGAACCUGACCCCCCCAACCCAACAUGCCAGACUCCUCCACCUUGUUGAAGCAGAGUCCAGACCAGCCGAACUUACCGAGCCUAGAGGGCUUCAGCGUGCCGAGCCUGGAGCUGGCUCCGGCUCGGCCAGAGCUAGACUUUCCGGAGCUGAGGCAGAUGGGCAGACGGGCUCGGAAGCGAUUCCUGCGCGAGUCGAGGGAGAGGAAGGGGCGGAUUCAGACCAUGGGGGAGUUUGAUGUGCUCUUCACCCUGCCGCCUCCCUCCCUCCCUCCUCACUCACCCUCUCCUCCUCCUCCCUCUCUUCCUCACUUGCUCUCUCCUCCUCCCCUUUCUCCUCCUGAUUCCAAGUCGCCUGGUUUAUGUUGCAAGAGAGUUUUAGAGGGUGGUGCAACUGCUGCUGCUGAUGAUUGUGGUGGAGAUACAGCUGCUGUUGCAGCUGUUGAUUCUGCUCCUCCUGCUGCUGCUGCUGCUGCCGCUGCUAAUCCCGCCAUUGGACUUGAGGAUGCAGCCGCAGCAGCCUCAGCUGUGCUCCACCACUGGGAGCUUUCCGUGAAGUUUCUCCUCUUCGUGGGCUCGUGGGACGAUGCACUUGCCAUCUUCUCCCGCCGGUUCCAUCCCACUCAGAGCAGCAGCAGCAGCAGCAGCAGCAGCACCACCACCACCACCACCACCAUCACCACCACCAUCACCACCACCACCACCAGUAGCAGCAGCACCACUAUCAGUGGUAGCAGCAGCAGCAGCAGCAGCAGCAGCAGCGGCAGUGAAGCAGCACCUGACUGGCUGCUGGGGCAGUACCUGGGCCCCCACGUGGGGGAGUCCCUCCGCGACCGGAAGGAGCGGCUUAGCCGACAACUGCUGCUGGGCAAACACGGUUAUGGGGCUCAGCUUAUAACGAGGAUGUAUGGAGUUGAGGAGAGCUGUGGAGGGAAAGAGAUAUUAUCCUCGUUACAAGCAGCAGCGCUGUUACAAGGGUACUUGUUCUAUGAGUACCCCCUGUGGCUGAAACUGAGAGAGAUGGAGGAGGGCUGGAGAGAGAGAGGCGCCAAAUUUGGGACCGUUGCUACCAGGGGCGAUUCUGAGAUAGGGGGUAGAGCAGUAGCAGCAUCAGCAGCAGCAGGAAGAACAGCAGCAGCAGCAGGAGACACAGCAGCAGCAGCAGCAGGCACAGGAGCACCAGCAUCAGGAGCAGCAUUUUAUGGAGAAUGUGCCGUGUUCCCCUGGCACUGGUACGGGUGGUGGACGCAUGAUGCUGCAGCCAUGGUGCAGCUGCCCAAGCAUGCCCACUCCCGCUGGUACAUCAUGCCCAAAGACGAAUGGCUCUCGCCUGUGCUGGUCCCAGAUGAGACACCCCCUGUCUAUUGCCUCCAGAUACCACCUCCCCUGGAACCCACCUAGAUGCUGCCUGUGCAAGUGCUGACCUGGACGCUACCUUCCCCGAAGCCCACCAAGAAGCAACCUGCUCUGGUGCUGAUGACCUAGGUGCCUGCUUCCAGUCUUGCCCGGAUGGAAUUGCAACGCCAUUGACAGGAAACCUUUUGCUUCAAGUUAUUUACAAGUGCUCCGAAGAGGCUCGGUUGAGGAAUCUUCCCAGGAAGCUCCGUUUCUUGGUUGCUGAGCUGGAGUGGGACUCACGGUAUCAGUUUCAGGAGGAGACGAAUGGUGAAAUGCGUGAUAGCGAUGGAAGUGAGGGGCUUGAGCAUUGUGAUAGGAAGGGAGCUUGGGUUGAGGCUAGCAGGGGAUUUAUUGUUGAGAAGGGUUGGCCUGAUAGUCGAAACCAUCCUCCACAUGGAUUCGUUUGGAGAGAAGAAUGUAACAUUCCCUUUUGGUGA